AUGGCGCAGCGGCACGGUGUUGCCGCCGGCCGAGCAGGCAAUGGCAAUGUCAGCUCGGCAAACAGCUGGUUCAACGCUGGACUGGAGCAUGCUCUCUUGGCCACCGUCUACUGCAACCCGGCCGCGUUCCACCGGAGCUAUACGGAGAUGGAGAAGCGGUUCAGAGUGUACGUGUACGAGGAAGGCGAGCCGCCGAUCCUGCACGACGGUCCGUGCAAGAACAUCUACACCAUCGAGGGGCGCUUCAUCGAGCAGCUCGAGCUCAUGGUGCCGUCGUCAGCUUCGUCGUCGAGGCAGGGCAGCCGCCGGCGUCGGGUGGCCAGUGGCGUCCGCACGUCGGAACCCGCGCGCGCCCACGCCUUUUUUCUGCCGUUCAGCGUCUCCAAGAUGGUGCAGUUCGCGUACCGCCCCAACACCUACGACAAAACCCCUCUCCGCGCCAUCGUCGCCGACUACGUCCGCGUCGUCGCGUCCCGACACCCCUACUGGAACCGCUCCGCCAGCGCCGACCACUUCAUGCUCGCCUGCCACGAUUGGGUCAGUGUCGCAGCUAGCCCGCUAGCUACGAAAUCUUGGCAUCUUGCUCGAUCGACGCAAACGGUUUGA